AGGACGAUGCUGAUUGGUUGAGACUAUGGAUAUUGAGCGCACCGAGGUAAACAGGUAAUGACGGAUGUAAGCAGCAAACUAUAAACAACAACUUGUGCGUUUUACAGUCAACAUUUAAUUAUUUCUGAGGACUGAGCAUAAGCAGAUCGAUACUUUAAGAAACAGAUCGGUGGAACUUUGAAUAUAUAUCUGUUCUACUUCCCGGGUCGGUUUAAUUAUGUUUGUAAUGUCAUUUCAAAAUCGAAGCGCAGUUGACGCCGGCUGAAGGAAACGUAUAUUAUACAGUCAGCACAGACGUUUGACAGGCAAGACAUACCGGUUCAAGGAGUGGGGGGCAUGAAACUGAAUACAGGAAUUGUCAAAAUAGAUUUCACUGCUGGAGUAUAAUAUACUUGCACUAAUAGCAAGCGUAUCGUAUUAAGAAUAUACGGAGUGUAUAUAUAUAUAUAGGGCUGCUAUGAAUACACACAGAUGAUCACGAUUAAUAACGGGUUGUUGUUACAAAUUAUUGCAAUUUUUAACUGUUCUUUCAAAAGUGAGUGUCUGCAUGCACAGCUUUGACCUAUAUCAGUGCCGCUAUAACAUUUCAAAGCCUGCCUUGAGGACGUGUACUUUUUGUUACACCAAACAUGAACUUAUAUCCCCGUCCAUGCACCAACGGCAAGGAGAAGGGGACAAUCAGCGGCAGAUCAAGAAUUUGAUUGGUUGGCUUGUGUUACGAGAACCUUUUCAUUCCCUACACGCCUUAAGAAGGGGUUGGUGUUUGGCUCAGCUGUGGAGCAUGACACAAACGUCACUCAACCAGAAAAGCCAGUUUUUUUUAACCCCCCCUGUGCAGGUUUGCUGUUCAUCAGUAGCUCAAACUUGAAUGCAUUGUUUGAAAGAUACAUAUCUUGAGUGGGGAUGAAGCUGGCACACAUUUGUUUAGCUGUCUUAGCAGCACUCUGUGCUAGUCCAGACUGCUAUGCAUUUUAUGUGGCUUUGGCACCAGCCUUUUUUCGAGAUGGAUGGCCAUACCAUGUCCAGCUUUAUACUGGCCAUUCUACUGGUACAGUGACUGUGGAGGGAAGAAUUUAUGAAACCAGGAAUGUCAGAAAUGUUGUUGCUUCAGGAUCGAUACAGAUUCCACAAAAUGGACAGGGCAUGCUGACAAUGCAAGUUUUUAAUGCAGUCUCAUCAGACUACAUGCUACAGCUUAACGGAAGUGGGGGCCUCACAUUCUCAAACAGCACACCUCUCCAGCUUCAAACAAUUUCCUAUCUUACCUUCAUACAGACUGAUAAGCCAAUGUACAAACCUGGAGACCUAGUUCGCAUGCGUGCAGUGACAGUUGACAAAGAUUUGAUCCCUCAGCCUGUAGCAGUUGCAGUCUCACUUGAUAACCCCAUCAAGAACACUGUGUAUCGGAACACUUCUUAUGGUGCACUUGUCUUUGAAGGAGCUUUUCAGCUGUUUGAGUUCGCUGAGUUAGGACAGUGGACUGUCACAGUGAAAAAUGAGACAUAUGGAAUUGAGGAGAAAUUGAUGUUUUCUGUGGAGGAGUAUGUGCUGCCUAAAUUUGAGGUAACUGCAGAUGUUGUCCCAUAUGUCUUGAAGAGUGCCUCUGCUGUGGCAGUACAUGUUAAAGCAAAGUACACCUAUGGUGAGGGAGUGGUAGGCAUUGUGAAGAUAAUGGUGUCUUCUCCAGGAAUUGCACCAUCAAAGAUGAUUACCAGCAAUAUGCAAGAUGGAAGUGGCGAGAAAACUAUCGAGAUUGAUGUGCGCCAAGAACUGAAUAAUGAUGUAAUCAACUUCGUGGUGGAGGUUACAGAUGAGACACAACGCACUUAUAAUACAACUGCUUCCUGCACUGUUGUGACAGAUCCAGUAAAAAUUAACUUCGAUGAAAUUCGUACAGACAAAGUGUUCCGCCCAGGACUACCAUUACAUGCUGUGGUUACAUUUACUGAUCCUGGUGGAAAGGCUCUAGAUGCUCAUUUUCUACGUUCAAAAGCAGUUCUGUCCCUGCUUGAUGCCAGCAUUAUAAUUGCUACUAAAGAAGUAGUCUUACAGGAAAAUCAAAUGGAAGUGGAAUGGAUUGUACACAAGUUUGAGACAACAGCAAAUUCCUUAACUCUGAAGGCCACAUUUGGGGAAACAGCGGCAGAAAAAUAUAUUUCAAGGUACACAACCAUUCAGAAUUCUUCACUGGAUGUGAGGUUGGGCAAUGACAAUGAUGCUCUGAAAAUUGGACAGCAGGCCUCAUUCAGCGUAGAAACAUCUGGCUCUACUCGCUUCUCAUCAGUUAACUAUUUGAUUGUUAGCAGAGGCAACAUUCAGAAUGCUGGAAGCGUGGCACCCAAUACACCCAUCAACCUCAGAGUGUCCACUGAUAUGUGCCCUAAUGGAAAAUUGAUUGUUUACGGCGUUACCGAACCUUCUUCAGGCAUGAUACCGGAGGUUAUUGCUGAUUCUGUGGAACUCAGACUCGAGCAAUGCCAAGAGAAAUUGGUAAAAAUACAUCUGAGAGAAGCAAGACAGAGAACUGGGACAUAUGCAAGUGUGGAUUUUGCAGUUGAGUGGACGGACAGCAACAAGAGUGAAGUUGUAGGUGAACACAGCAUGUACCUGCUUGCUGUAGACAAGAGUGUGACCUUACUGCCAGGUGAUAAUGACAUCAGCCUUACAAAGGUUGACGAUGGUCUGCAAAAGUUUGAUUUGCCUGCUGUAAGCAGUUAUAAUGGCGGUGGUUUUGACUUCGCUGCCAUGAGAAAGAAGCGUUCCUUCAUGCCAGGUGGUAAAUGGCCAGCAUCAAGUGGAGUUUCUACCACCUCAGAGCUUUUUCAUGGUAUUGGUCUGAUGUACCUGUCAGACAUGCUGAUCAAAGAGGCAGAACGCUAUGGAUGCUUUGACUGUAUUAUGUUUAAAGGACCAGUUUUUACCAUGGCAAUGCCAGAAAGGGAGCAAGAUAGUGUACCAGCAGUGGAAGAAGAUGCAAGUAUUCAGUACCAAGCUGCUCCCACACAAGUCCGUAAAGAAUUUCCUGACACCUGGAUCUGGAAUUCUGGUCAGACUGACAUAAAUGGGAAGUACACACUUCAGGACAAGCUUCCAGACUCCAUUACAUCCUGGGUCAUAAGUGCUUUUGCCAUCAAACAAAACUCUUCAUUUGCUGUCAUCACUCAGCCUUCAGAACUGCAAGCAUUUAAUCCCUUUUUUGUGUCAUUGAAACUUCCUUACUCCAUAAGACGGACAGAAAAGUUUGAGCUGAGAGCGACAGUCUUUAACUACCAAGAGCUAUCGUUGAAUGUUGUUGUAACAUUAAAUGAGUCUCCUGGAAAUUUCACAAUUCAAGGAGACAACAUAAAGACUGUUACAGUCAAGAAAGGACUACCUGCAAGUGUGGUGUUCAUGAUAAUUGCAGAAAGAAUUGGAACUAUUACUUUUUCUGUGAAAGCCAAGAGUGAAUCACCAGUGCUCAUUGAUCAGCUGGAAGAGAAGCUGAUUGUCAAGCCAGAGGGCUUGGAGAGGGCCCGUGCCAGCACUGCCCCUAUCUUUCUCAAUGCAAGCCAGCCAGUGGUGAAUAAAGAGUUUACAUUUGACUAUUCCCCAUGGCUUCUGAGCAAUAUUGUUGAUGGUUCACGCAGAGCUCAAGCUACAGUAACUGGUGACAUGAUGGGCAAUGCCAUGGAGAACCUAGACAAGCUGAUCAGCAUCCCCACUGGUUGUGGAGAGCAGAACAUGCUGACCACUGUGUCCAACAUUUAUGGCCUCGAAUAUGCCCGGGCCAUUAACAAAGUGAGGCCGGAGUUCGAGAAGAAGACAUUGCAAUACAUGACGUUAGGAUACAAUCGAGAGUUGCAGUAUAGAAACACUACAGAUGGUUCAUUCUCUGCUUUUACAUCUGAUGUCCAGGGAGCACCUGGUUAACUGCAUUUGUAGUGAAAUGUUUUGCACGAGCUAUAACUUUGAUCAGAGACAUAGACAUAAGCAUCCUGGAGAGUGCUGUCCAGUUUCUGUUCUCACGCCAGACAAAGGAAGGGUCAUUCCAGGAACUCGGCC